CUACAGUGGGCCGUGACCCGUAACUCAGCUCACACAGUGCCGGGUUUCUGUUAGAGGUACAGAGGCCACAUGCCAACGCUCCUCCUCGGGAACUCCGGGAAGGACGAACAGCUUUCCUGCAGGAAGUGGUUGUUCUUGUGGCCCCAAGUCCUGGAGGUGAAGUGCUUCUGGUUAAAAUGAUUCAGCGAGAAACCACGCCCCCAUCAAGGAUAUCCCACCCUGCCUCGGUCCUAGGGCUCCACUUGCCAAGCACGUCUACCCCGUUAGCCUUGGCCACCACAUGCUGCCGUUCACCCGGUCAACCAUGUGGCUGGCCAUUCUGCUUGCCCUCGGCUGCCUGACUUCCGACUCCCACGGGGCACACUCCCCAGAUUUUUGUUGCAAAGAUUUGAACAUCAGUGUGAAGCCAGGAUUUCCCAAAACAAUAAAAACCAAUGACUCAGAAGUGCUUAAGGCUGCCAGGCACAGUGUGGAAAAGUUCAACAACUCCACAAAUGACAUCUUCUUGUUCAAGGAGUCCCGGGUCAGCAAGGCCCUGGUACAGGUGGUGAAAGGCCUGAAAUACAUGCUGAACAUGGAAAUUGGUAGAACUACAUGCAGGAAGACGGCGCACCCCCAUCUGGACAACUGUGACUUCCAAACCAAUCCUGCCUUAAAGCGGGUUCUACACUGCUACUCAGAAGUCUGGGUCAUCCCCUGGCUCCACAGUUUCGAGGUACCUGUUCUCCGCUGCCACUGACUUCUGCCUCUUCAGCAAGACCAGGGCUGUGAUAAACUUACACACACGUGCCCCCUACUCCUCACUUUCCACCCCAGCCUGGCCAUCCUAAAUCCGCAGGGCCUUCUUCCCAGUGAGCAGAUGGAAGAGCCAGCUGGUCAUCAGGUGACCAGGAUGGGAGAAUACAGUGCCCUCCUGGCCAGAUUAACUGUAUUCAUAUUUUCUUCUAAAAUCAAGUCUUGUGGUGCUGCACACCGAGAGUCAGGAUGUGGGCAGAGACAGGCUCCUUCGAUGGCAUUACUGGAACAUGGGCAGAGCACAGGAGGCCGUCAACAAGGCAGAAGUGUGGGGGCUCCCUGAUACCUGACUGAACAAAUUCUGUAUCCAUCUCGUGUCUACCAUUCACAUCAGACCACUGCUGAGGAGAAUGGUUUAUCAUAAAUAAAAAGCUGAUCAUCUCAAAGCAA